AUGCGUCUGGACCACCUGUCUCGGGUGCUGCUGCUGCUGCUGCACGCUUGGCAGCUCAGCGGGUACCCGCAGCAGCAGUGGAUGUCAGCCACGGUCAACCUUACGUCUCUGAUGUCAGCCGGCGCUCAAAACGCUUCGUACAAAACCGAGUCAUGGGUGCGCUGCGUGGGGAUGGCCAUAAGCUUCUCGUGGCCCAUGAUGGCCUGCCUCACCACCACCACAUCGGGCCCCGAGUGUCAGCUCUGGAGCGCUAAACACGUCGCCGUCGGCAAGGGGGUCAGGUCGGGGGCACAGCCUCAUACCCCCUGCAAGAUUAGCAGCUUGUACACAGGCUGCAUCAGGACCAACGGAACCAUGGCCGCCAUCGGCGAGAAGCAACUCAACGCUGACGCUACAACCGAAACCUGCCAAGAUGGCGGCUUCGUUAAGGACCCGACGGGCCAAAAUUCGGGUUCAACUGGCGAUCAGUCGACGAGCGGAAAUUCCGGCUCAACUGGCGAUCAGUCGACGAGCGAAAAUUCGGGCUCAACUGACGAUCAGUCGACGGACCAAAUUUCGGGCGCAACUGGCAAUCAGUCGACGAGCGAAAAUUCAGGCUCAACUGGCGAUCAGUCGACGGGCCAAAAUUCGGGCUCAAAUGACGAUCAGUCGACAGACCAAAGUUCGAGCGAAAAUUACGAUCAAGCGACGGGCCAAAAUUCGGGAGCAACUGAAGAUAAGGCGACGGCCCAAAAUUCGGGAGCAACUGACGAUAAGGCGACGGGCCAANCUUACGAUCAAGCGACGGUUAGAAAUUCGGGAGCAACUGACGAUCAGUCGACGGUCCAAAAUUCGGGAGCAUCUGACGAUAAGGCGACGGUCCAAAAUUCGGGAGCAACUGACGAUAAGGCGACGGUCCAAAAUUCGGGAGCAACUGACGAUAAAUCGGCGGUCCAAAGUUCGAGUGAACAACUUAACUGA